ACCUGUCACCCACUUUGUCAUGGCGCUUUUUUUAAUCCAGAAACGAGAGGCGCACCGUGCACCGGUGCAAGGGAGCGGUUCUUUUUGCGCCUCCAAAUCCCAUCCUCCUCCUCUGCUCCUCAAUCCGCAAUCGCUCGGUCGAUCCAUGCUGGCGCACCCGAACGGUGUGGUCCGGCCGUCGGCCAAGGAGCCGCUCUUCUCCUUCGGCGUCAUCGCCGACGUGCAGUACGCCGACAUCCCGGACGGCCGGUCCUUCCUCGGCGUGCCGCGCUACUACCGCCACAGCAUCGCCGUGCUCCGGCGCGCGGUCCAGAGGUGGAACGGCGAGAAGAGCGUCAGGUUCUGCAUCAACUUCGGCGACAUCGUCGACGGCUUCUGCCCCAAGGACAGGUCGCUGGCCGCCGUGCAGGCCGUGGUGCGCGAGUUCGACGGCUUCCGCGGCGGGCCGGCGUACCACAUGCUGGGCAACCACUGCCUGUACAACCUGCCCCGGAGCGAGCUGGUGUCCGUGCUGCGGAUGCCGUCGUCGGCGUCGGCGGGGCGCGCCUACUACGACUUCUCGCCGUGGCCCGGGUACCGGUUCGUGGUGCUGGACGCGUACGACUUCAGCGCCGUGGGGUGGCCGCGCGACCACCCGGUGUCCUUGGCGGCGCGGCGGUUCCUGGAGAAGCGGAACCCGAACCACGACAAGAACAGCCCGGCGGGGCUGGCGGGGACGGACCGGCGGUUCGUCAUGUUCAACGGCGGCGUGGGCGGCGCGCAGCUGCGGUGGCUGGACGGCGUCCUCCGCCGCGCGGCGGGGCGCGGGGAGAAGGCCGUCGUGUGCAGCCACCUCCCCGUGCACCCCGGCGCGGCGUCCCCGACGGGGCUCAUGUGGAACUACGGGGAGGUGAUGGACGUCGUGCGCCGCCACGGCGGGUGCGUCGUCGCGUGCCUCGCCGGGCACGACCACAAGGGCGGGUACGCCGUGGACGACCGCGGCGUGCACCACCGCACGCUGGAGGCCGCGCUCGAGUGCCCGCCGGGCACCGACGCGUUCGGCCACGUCGAGGUGUACCCGGACAGGCUGAGGCUCGUUGGAUCGGACAGAAUGGCCACCACGGAGAUGCUGCUCACCUCCUCCAAUGAGCUGGCUUCUGCGUAGAACCUCCCUGCAUGCUUCUGCUUGUACUAUGGACUAAUGAACACCGAUAUUUUAGUGUUUGUUUCUUGCUCUACUGCUGUCACCGUCGUUAGUGUUUGUUUCUUGUAAGUUUGCAGCGAACAGAGUGACAGCUGAAUCAUGGAUGAUGAUACCAACGAACCUAACUAAUGUACAAUCUAAAACAUGGGUCAAUCAGUCAGUGGCACGACUCGUAUCUUGGACUGUGUUUGGAACAACGAUGCAUACAAAUGACACAUCUAUAAA